UCUCGCUCCUUCGUCUCUGGAGCGACGCACUUGAUGGGAAUACAGACAACACGGACUGCUUCAUAUGCGAUUAUGACUAAAUCGGGUAGGAAUGGACUGGGCCGUGGACUCUGGAAGUUAGUGAAGACUAACACCGUGGACAUCCAUCUUUAAGGACAGAACAAACCUUUAAUGGAUACCAGUAAAUAAGCUUAAUAUAAGUACAAUACUGGUCCACCAUUUUUUGUUUUUUCUUUCUUUCAUUUUUCCCCCAUCCUAAUUUUUUGGGUCUGCCUGAGUGGAUCCUUGACCCUGAACCCUGACACCAGCAGGCAGCAGUGACUGAUUGGUCUUUACAUUCAAGGGCGUCUACGCAGCAAGAAAAAAAAACAACCCAAGGGAGCCCUGUGGUGGUGGCAAGGGCGGUGGUAGUGGCGGCAGCAGGGGCGGUGAAUCGGUCGCCUCAGCAGCUGCAGCAAAUGAUUCAUUAUUUGUGAAGUUAACAGCUCAGACCAUUUAAUCUACAAGGACCAAUUUCUUCCUGGAGGGAUUCGGUCCAAUAUGAAGGACGUGCCAUUUGUGGAUUGUCUCUUUGUUGGCUUGGCCAUGGCCUCUUUAGUCGUGGCCACCGAGGUGAGGCCGGACUGCCCCAAGCUCUGCGUAUGUGAGAUCAGACCCUGGUUUUCCCCUAGUUCGGUGUACAUGGAGGCGCAGACGGUUGACUGUAAUGACUUGGGGCUCUUUAGUCUGCCCGAGAAAUUACCAGUGGGUACACAAGUAUUACUACUGCAAACAAACAAUGUUGCCAAGAUUGAUCAACCGCUGGAUUACCUGGCCAACAUCACAGAAAUCGAUUUAUCACAAAACAACUUAUCCUCCAUCAGUGACAUCCAUCUGGGAACUCUUCCUCAGUUGCUCUCCCUUCACAUGGAAGAAAAUUGGUUACAAGAGCUGCCUGACCGAUGUCUGUCAGAGGUGCCUAACCUUCAGGAGCUCUACAUGAAUCACAACCUCAUCUCCUCCAUUUCCCCGCUGUCUUUCCAGGGUCUCAGCAGCCUUGUGCGACUUCAUCUCAAUUCUAACAAGCUAAAGGUUAUUAAAAAAGAGUGGUUCGAACCCAUGCCAAACUUGGAGAUCCUGAUGAUUGGUGAAAAUCCUGUUCUUUCCAUCGAUGAUAUGAAUUUUAAACCCCUGAGUAACCUCCGCAGUCUCGUUCUGACCAGGAUGAAUCUCUCCCAGCUUCCUGACGAUGCACUGGCUGGUCUUGACAACUUGGAGAGCAUUUCGUUCUAUGAUAAUAUUUUCCCUGAGGUGCCACAUUCUGCCCUGAGAAAUGCAAAAAAUCUCAAGUUUUUGGAUCUUAAUAAAAACCCAAUUGCGAGGAUACAGAGAGGGGACUUUGUGGAUAUGCUCCAUCUGAAAGAACUGGGGAUUAAUAGCAUGCCAGAGCUAGUUUCCAUUGACAGCUUUGCCCUAAAUAACCUCCCGGAGCUGACUAAAAUAGAAGCCACCAACAAUCCUAAGCUAUCCUACAUCCAUCCUAAUGCUUUUUACAAACUACCACGGCUGGAAACCCUCAUGCUAAACGGCAACGCCCUCAGCGCACUUCACAGGAUUACUGUUGAAUCCCUCCCAAACCUCAGAGAGGUUAGCAUGCAUAGCAACCCGAUCCGCUGCGACUGCGUAGUCCGCUGGAUGAACAUGAACAAGACCAACAUCCGCUUUAUGGAGCCCGAUUCAUUGUACUGCGUGGAGCCUCCGGAGUACGAAGGCCAGCACGUCCGACAAGUGCAUUUCAGGGAGAUGAUGGAAAUUUGUCUGCCACUGAUCUCUCCAGAAAGCAUGCCUGGACACGUUAAAGCACAGAACGGGAGCUCAGUCUCACUCCACUGUCGAGCGUUUGCGGAACCAGAACCAGACAUCUACUGGAUCACCCCGUUGGGCACCAGGAUUCUGCCCAACACUGUGUCCGACAAGUUCUACAUGCACCCCGAGGGGACAUUCGACAUCUAUGACAUAACAGAAGACGAAGCUGGUCUUUACACCUGUGUUGCCCAUAAUCUAGUUGGAGCUGAUCUGAAAUCUGUUUCAGUGGAGGUGAAUGGAUAUUUUCCCCAACCUACAAAUGGGUCUCUGAAUGUUGAAGUCAAAUCCGUGGAGGCAAACUCCAUUCUGGUUACCUGGAAGGCCGGCCCCGGCACCUUGGCCCCCAACAUUAAAUGGUACACCGUAUCAGAUGCUAAUCACCCCACCACAGCGUUUACCACAAGGGUUCCUUCUGACAUCCAGGUCUACAACCUCACCCAUCUCAGCCCCGCCACUCUGUACAAAGUGUGUGUCGAUAUCCGGAGCAUCCACUACAACCAUGACACCAAAUGUGUCAGUGUCACCACUAAGGGAUUAGAGCUGGCAGCCAAGGACACAGAAAAAUGGGAUGCAGCCGUAAUCACUGUCUUUGGUGUGCUCUUGGCCGUGAUUUCUGUGGCCUGUCUGCUUAUUUAUGUGUCUCUGAGGAACCACCACCUUUAUGGGGAUAUAAGAAAAUGCGACUCCAAAGCUUUGCUGACACCAGUGGAAGCUAGCGGUAUGCACUCCUCAUUCUUUACAAAGCUUUGGGUUUCGGGGAAGGGACUGCCAAGUGGAGUGGAAGUGAAAGCCACAGUCAUAAAUGUAUCUGACAAUGCCUUUUAAGAAGCGGCGCAGCUUUGUAGAGCACCACACACCAACUUCAGUGAACGGACAAGGCCAUGGGCAGGGCUGGACGAUGUUGUACUGUUUUCAAAGGCAUACCUAUUGCUGGUCCCCGGCUCAGACACACUGGCAAAACUAUCACCGGACUGGGACGGGACAGUUUGAAAUAGACAAUGCGCUGUCCCAGUCUCAGCCCUAGUUGAAGUGGUGGCUUUGUAACCGUUACAUCAAACCAAGCUAACAUCCACAGGAAGGGGUAUUUACUGCAAAAAGAUAUAUUUCAGUACCAUUCAUACAGAAGUGCAGGCAGGUGAAAGGAAGUGAAGAUGAUGAGGACGAUGAUGAUGGCAAUGAGGAGGAGGAGGAGGAGGAUGGUCAGCUCUCUUGUAAUUGACUGUUAAAUGUGUUCAGAGUUGUGGAACUGUCCAUGUGGUCCCAAGCAAUACCGUCUGUGCUUUGUCAAACAUCCAUAGACGAGUUAGAGAUACAGUAAUAACACCUGUCUAUUAUGGGAAGGGAGAAUUAGUAGAGUAGACAAAUAACAGUGACUAUGGUGUAAGCCUUUUGAUGAAAUAUACCCCACUUUUUUCUAUUUAAAAACGGAUUCUUGAUUUUUCAUGGAAAUAUUGUUAUAUAUUCUAUUAUGUUGAUGUAAUGACAAAUCCUCUGUAUGUGAACAGUUUAAAUGGGUUUUAAAUUAAGGCAAGGAGCAGACUACUUUUGAUUACGACAUCACAUUAAGCUUAAUGAAAUUCAGCUUCGAAAUUGAUGUGAGGAGAGGAUUUUUUUUUUGCCAAAUGGCUGUUUAUGCUUUGUAGUUCUCAUUGCAAUGAUGACUCGGUUGAAAAAUGUGCAUACAUUUGACAAAAACAAAUUCAACAGGUUGAUUAAAAUUGAGGUGAGUGAUGUGUUACCUCCUCAAGAAGCGGUUUGUUUUUGCCCUGGUAAGUGCCUACAACAAGAACUACAUGAGGAGAAAGAGGAAAGAAAUGGAAGAAAACCCGGUUCCGCCACAGCAAAUCAUGGUCAUGUCAUCAUUGCAGAAUCACAAGCUCCUCUCCAGUACUUUAAAUACUUUCUCAGUAUUUUUAGCAUACAUAUUUUAA